GGUGAAUAGACCGAGCCGGAGAACGAGUCGUCCACGCCGGUCCGCCCGCCAGCCGGGAGGCCCGGGAGCCGGCCCAUGGGGAGCGCGCGCCCAGCGCCGGCCAAGACGACCGCCACCGCCGCCCAGCCCGGCCCGUGAAGCCCAGGGACCCUCUCUGGGAAGGAGCCCCAUGAGGGCAGGAGAGCAAUGGAGACUGCACCCAGCUUUCUGAGGGACACCACGGCCUGGGAGAAGACGGCCCCUGAGAACGGCCCCGUGGGACAAGAGCCAGGCCCCCCACUGCCCCAUGGGGCACUGUGUCUGGGGGAGCCUGCCCCCUUCUGGAGGGGCAUCCUGAGCACCCCGGACUCCUGGCUGCCCACUGGCUUCCCCCAGGGCCCCAAGGACGCGCUGCCUCUGGCAGAGGGCGAAGACCUCCAGAGUCGGGAGAGGAAAGCUAGCUGGCUGGGCCCCAAGGAAGGCCUGCGCUGGAAAGAGGCCGCGCUCACCCACCCGCUGGCCUUCUGUGGGCCGGUGUGCCCACCUCACUACAGCCCCUUGAUUCCUGAGCAGGCCGCGGCCACAGCUGCUGCCACCAGCCAGCUCAAGAGUGACCCCUUGGCCUUCCGGCCCUUGCACUGCCCCUUCCUCCUGGAGACCAAGAUCCUGGAGCGAGCUCCCUUGUGGGUGCCUACCUGCUUGCCACCUUACCUGGUGUCUGGCCUGCCCCCAGAGCGACCAUGUGACUGGCCUCUGGCCCCACACCCCUGGCUCUACACUGGAGGCCAGCCCAAAGUGCCCUCUGCCUUCAGCUUGGGCAGCAAGGGCCUUUACCACAAGGAUCCGAGCACGCUCAGGCUAGCCAAGGAGCCCUCGGCAGCUGCGGAGCCUGGCUUGCUGGGUUUGACCGCUGCUGGCAGUCUCCUGAGAGCCGGAGAAGGGGAGCGGCCAGAGUCCCGCCCGAGGAAUGGCCAGACAGGAGUCGGAAGGCAGCAGAAUCCAGGCCCGCUUUUCCUGGGGCACACUGACACCGUGCCCCGGCCGCUCUGGCCCCCUUGUCCCCCAGGCCUAGGCCUAGUUCAUACCUUCAGCAAUGUCUGGCCUGUGCCAGGAAGUGGGAGCCUCGGCUACCAGCUGGCAUCACCAGCCAUACCUAGGUGCCCCUCUCCUGGAGCUCCUAACACCCAGGGUGGCUGCUGCCCAUCCCAGCCACCUGACAGAGAUGAGGGACUCAGCCCAUGUGGGAAGUGCCAGGAGGGCCUGGACGGGAGUCCCAGUGAAGCAGGGGACUCCAGCGAAGAAGCCAUCAAGGCCGGGGGCCCCAGGGCCUGCCCCCCUAGCCACCACACCAAGCUGAAGAAGACAUGGCUCACGCGACACUCUGAGCAAUUUGGGUGCCCAGGGGACUGCUCCGGGAGCCAGGAGGGCCUGGCGGCCGGGCUCAGGAACCUCAAGAGGGCAGGCAGCCCUGAAGGGCAGGGAGCCACAGGCAGCCCCGCCCCCAAGCGCCCACCUGACCCUGCGUUGGGCGUCACAGGCCAGGGGCCUAAAGGCUGGCAGGAAUUGCUGGGUGCAUCAGCAGGUGACCAAGCAGAAGCAGAAAGAAGACCACGUGCUGAUCAGAGAGGACCCCAGGAUGGCAGGGUUGGCCCCCAGGAUGCAGCUCUUCCAGCUGGCAUUGCUCAGUGCCACAAGUGUGCCCAGGCAGCCGGAGAGGGAGCGGGGUUGAGCUGCCACUCACAUCAAGUGCAGAGACUGCUUUUGGUAGGGGAGCGGCGGCAGCAGAAACAUCAGGAGGAAGAGUGGGUCCCCAGCUCUGAGGAGGGAAGCGCAGCAGCUGACCCAGAGAAUGGCACCCACCUGGGCCUUGCCAAGCACCUGUUGAGCGGUUUGGGUGACCGGCUGUGCCGCCUGCUGCGGAGGGAGCGAGAGGCCUUGGCCUGGGCACAGCGUGAAGCAGGCCAGGGGCCAACUGUGAGCGAGGACAAGCUGGACAGUGCACGCUGCUGUAGCCGUUGCCACCAUGGACUCUUCAACACCCACUGGAGAUGCCCCCGCUGCAGCCACCGGCUGUGUGUGGCCUGUGGCCGCAUGGUGGGCGCUGGGAGGACCAGGGAGAAAGCAGGAUCUCAGGAACAGACCUUGGAGCCAUGUGCCCAGGAGGCCGGGCACCCUGCCUGCUCUCUGAUGCUGACCCAGUUUGUCUCCAGCCAGGCUUUGGUGGAACUGAGCACCGCGAUGCACCAAGUCUGGGUCAAGUUUGACAUCCGGGGACAUUGCCUCUGCCAAGCUGAUGCCUGGGUGUGGGCCCCUGGGAACGGAGGCCAGCAGAAGGAGCUGCCAGAGAAAACUGUGCCAACGUCACAACCUUCCUGCAACGGAGACACCCACAAGACAAAGGACAUCAAAGAGGAAACCCCAGAUUCGACCGAGAACUCCACACAGGACGGUGCAGGUGGAGGGCCGCUACCCUGUCCCUCCCUCUGUGAACUGCUGGCGUCCACCGCUGUCAAACUCUGCCUGGGACAUGAGCGAAUCCACAUGGCUUUCGCACCUGUCACCCCGGCCCUGCCCAGCGAUGACCGCAUCACCAACAUCUUGGACAGUAUCAUCGCGCAGGUGGUGGAGCGCAAGAUCCAGGAGAAGGCCCUGGGGCCCGGGCUGCGCAAGGGCCUGAGCCUGCCCCUGUCCCCUGGGCGGCCUAGGCUGCCUCACCAUGGGGCUCUACUGUGGCUGCAGGAGCCCAGGCCGGGGCGGAGCCUCCACCUGUUCCAAGAGCACUGGCGCCAGGGCCAGCCCGUAUUAGUGUCGGGGAUUCAGAGGACACUGCGAGGCGACCUGUGGACAAGGGAAGCCCUCGGGGCGCUGGGGGGCCAGGUACAGGCGCUGACCCCCCUGGGGCCUCCCCAGCCCAGCAGCCUAAGCAGCACAGCCUUCUGGAAUGGAUUUUCUCGGCCUGAGACUUCAGGUCGUGCUUCCAAGUCAGACGAAGGCUCUGUCCUCCUGUUGCGCCGAGCUCUGGGGGACCAAGACACCAGUAGGGCAGAGAACCUGGCUGCCAGCCUACCUCUCCCGGAGUACUGUGCACGCCAUGGAAAACUCAACCUGGCUACCUACCUCCCGCCAGGCCCUUCCCUGCAGCCACUGGAACCCACGCUCUGGGCAUCCUAUGGCGUAAGCCCACACCGUGGACACCUGGGGACCAAAAACCUGUGUGUGGAAGUGGCUGACCUGGUCAGUGUCCUGGUACAUGCAGAAGGCCCGCUGCCUGCCUGGCACCGGGCACAGAGAGAUGUCCUGUCGGGCCUGGAUGGGGAGGGGCUGUGGUCUCCGGGCAGCCAGGUCAGCACCGUGUGGCAUGUGUUCAGAGCACAGGACGCCCAGCGCAUCCGCCGCUUUCUGCAGAUGGUAUGUCCUGCCCGGGCGGCAGGCACCCUGGAACCCGGCGCACCAGGCAGCUACUAUCUGGAUGCGGGGCUGCGGCGGCGCCUACGGGAGGAGUGGGGUGUGAGCUGCUGGACCCUGCUGCAGGCCCCCGGAGAGGCUGUGCUGGUGCCCGCGGGAGCACCCCACCAGGUACAAGGCCUGGUCAGCACGGUCAGUGUCACCCAGCACUUCCUGUCCCCUGAGACCUGCACCCUCUCUGCUCAGCUCUGCCACCAGGGACCCAGCCUGCCUGCCGACCACCGCCUGCUUUUUGCUCAGAUGGAUUGGGCUGUGUUCCAAGCAGUGAAGGUGGCUGUGGCGACAUUACAGGAGGCUAAAAAAUAGUGGGCCCCUGGGUGUUGGAGGUGACAAGGGGCGGGGGGGGUGGGAGCAGGUGGCGCCUCUGGAGGGAAUGUCACUGGGGAGCUUGG